AUGCUCGGACGGAGGUUGUUUUCGACCGCCCGGGUCUUGCAACAUGAUAACCCAUUGGGCCUGCCUCGCUCCGGCACUCCGCCUCCAUUCCCCCGUCGUCGCGGGCUCCCUGAGAAGCGCAAGAUUCGCGAUGUGAAGAAGGUCAUUGCGGUGUCGUCGGCUAAAGGAGGUGUCGGAAAGUCGACAAUUGCUGUCAACCUCGCUUUGGCCUUCGCGCGUCGAGGCAUUCGCACCGGAAUUCUUGACACCGAUAUCUUCGGUCCCUCUAUUCCAACUCUCCUCAAUCUCUCCGGCGAACCUCGUCUUGACGAUAAGAACUGCCUAGUUCCUCUAACCAACUACGGCCUAAAAUCCAUGUCCAUGGGCUACCUCCUCCCCCAAGCCGCAGCAUCCACCACCUCCUCAGACCCCAACACCCCCCUCCCAAUGGACACGACCCCGAUCUCCUGGCGCGGCCUCAUGGUCACGAAAGCGAUGCACCAGCUCCUCCACUCCGUCUCCUGGGGUCCCCUGGACGUUCUCUUCCUCGACCUGCCCCCAGGCACCGGCGACGUGCAACUCACCAUCGGCCAGGAGAUCAUCCUCGACGGGGCGGUGAUCGUGUCCACGCCGCAGGACAUCGCGCUGCGGGACGCCGUCCGCGGAUUCGGCAUGUUUCAGCGCAUGGAGGUCCCCGUGCUCGGCAUGGUGCGGAACAUGGCUUUCUUUGCGUGUCCGCAGUGUGGGCAUCAGACGAGGAUCUUUUCUCAUGGGGAGAGUCAGCAUCAUCAUCACCAUCAUGGCUCUGAAGAUUGGGGCGUCGUGGCGGAGUGUAAGAGGCUCGGGGUCGAUUUCCUAGGCGAUAUCCCGCUUGAUGCGCGUGUCUGCGAGGAUGCGGAUCGGGGUAUGCCGACGGUGGUGGCGGAGGAGUCGGCGGAUCGGAGUGCGAGGAGAGAGGCGUUUUUGGAUGUUGCUGAGAAGGUGGCUAGGAAGGUGGGGGUGGAAUGGUAG